CAAAAUACACGUGUUUGGACAUGCACUUUCCGGGGGAAAUCAAGCAAAUUUUUUCUUACUUUUUUCCGUUGUUUUAAAAAAAUGAUUAAUGUUAACCAUGGACUCUAUGAUUGGAUGUGCUCACUAAAAUAUUUUGAGAGUAAAGUUAAGUAGUUCACUGAUUUAGUAAAGGAGAGUCAAUUGCAGAGUCAGACGAUUAUUUGUAUAAGUGUCGACGGCUGCAAAAAAAGUGUCCCUUUAUUGUUAAAUGUUAAUAUUUAGAGCAGUGAAUUGAGUUGUAAAACUGAGUUGUAAAGUUGGCCACUGUUGCACCUGUUUAUGUGUUUUUCAUCACUGUGUACUUGACAUCACUUGGAAUGUCAAUGUUGUGUCAUACAUGUUCUCUUAGUACAAAAGGCAAUGUAAAAAAAAAAAAAAAGCAUCCGCACUGCACUGGGUUCUGAUGGUGCUGAUUUACAGUGUUAUUUUAAGUUACUUUAUGUCAUAUCAUGUCAAAUGUUAAAUGUCUUAUCAUGUCAAAUGUUAUGUAACUAGACUUGUGUCUGGAAGGUCAAAUCCUCCAGGUGCGACUGAGGUGCAUCAAGCUAGAUGUAUUACUGUAUCAAGUGUCACCAUUUUACCUGACUGAGACUGACUUACAUAAAAAGAUAUAAAUGAGCCAUUUAUUCUGUUAAUCAUUUGGUCAAUGAGAUCACAAUUUGCAUUUCACUUUGAGGGUGGAGGGGGGGACAACGUCCAAUUGGAAACCCUUCACAUUCUUACCUGUCAAAGUUCAGGUUAUGCAAGAAACUAUGCACAAAGAUGGACUACACACCUUAAAGAGAAAUCCAUAGAGCAUUCGGUGCAAGUUGUUGGUUCCCGCUGAUACUAUUUCUACUUCUCGUUGUUGUUGUAGGUGUACAUAAUUGAAAGAUCAACUGUCAGAAGAAAAAUGUCUCAGAGUUUAACAAGCCUCCAGGAUGAGUGGGAAAGUGUGGACGCAGAGUACAAACAACUUCAGGAGAGACACACAAUGUAUUUACACAAACUGGAGGAAAUUUCGAAACUACAAAACAGCUGCUCUGCUUCCAUUACAAGCCAGCGAAGAAGACUUAAGGAAAUGCACUCCAGUCUGGUGGAUAAAACCGGAACAUCAGACAGAGAGGCUGAAGCUCUGGAUGAGAUAAAGAGCAAAAUCAAAGUUCACCUGAAUACUUUUUCUGAGAUGGAAGCCUACCUCCCUAAGAAAAAUGGGUUAUAUCUAAGCCUGGUCCUUGGAAACGUGAAUGUCACGCUUCUCAACAAACAGUCAAAGUUUGCAUACAAAGAUGAAUACGAGAAGUUCAAGCUGUGCACCAUGGCCGUCCUGCUGCUUAUAUCCUUCAUAUGCUACUUCUUCGUGGCCUACAGAUUUCUGGACGCAAUCCUCAAUUUCCUGCUGCUGUGGUACUACUGCACAUUAACUGUCAGGGAAAGUAUCCUCAUCAGUAAUGGCUCCAGAAUCAAAGGCUGGUGGGUUUUUCAUCACUACAUCUCAGCUUUUCUGUCUGGUGUGAUAUUAACAUGGCCAGAUGGAGACUUUUACAAGAUGUUCAGGAACCAGUUCCUCGCCUAUUCAUUCUAUCAAAGUUUUGUUCAGUGUCUGCAGUGUUAUUAUCAGAGUGGGUGCCUGUACCGGCUACGAGCACUCGGAGAACGACACAACAUGGAUCUAACUGUGGAGGGAUUUCAGUCUUGGAUGUGGAAAGGGCUGACAUUUCUUUUGCCCUUCCUCUUUUUUGGUCAUUUUUGGCAGCUCUACAAUAGCCUCUGUCUCUUCAGGAUGGCCCAGCUCCCAGAGUAUAAAGAAUGGCAGGUGUUGAUGUGCGGUCUCUGUUUCUUCAUUCUGUUCCUGGGAAAUUUCUUUACCACGCUGGCUGUGUUUCUUCGGAAGCUUGUGAGCCAGAAACCAAAGAGUCUGUGAUUGCACUUUGAUUAAGUACAUAUGUGCAGUCAAUUUAUAAGUAUAAAACUGUACCUUGCACAAUUUCUUACAGUGGCAAAAUAAAUACAAAUAUUUAACUCCAA